UAUUGUGUCGUACCCGAGCUGUUACGCGUCGUUCGUCGUUUUCCUUUCUUUCUUCUUUCUUUCAUUCUCCUCCUUUUUUCAUUCCGGCAGCGGCAAGCUCUCUUUUGUCUAACCGCGAAGGGAAUUCUUUUAGGUCUCCGUCGUCUCCGUCUCUGUCUCUCCGUGCCUGCUUGCUGGCUGAGUGCCUGCUUUGGAUGGAAGUGCAAAGCUUGCAUCACCAGCAAGUACUGGCUCGACUGGGAUUCUCAAGGCCCAUGCUCAGAGGACUCGUAACCCUAGCCCCAAAUAUUUAGAAGAAGAAGAGGAGAAGAGGAGCAAUGUUUCCCUGGAACAUCGCCAAAUCUGCGGAGGCGAUGUUCUCUCGCUGGGCCAUAAAAAACGUCUGUAAAUUCCUCUUGAAGAAGAAAUUGGGGCAAUUCAUUCUCGGAGACAUCGACCUCAAUCAGCUCGAUGUGCAGCUUCGUGCAGGCACCAUCCAACUCAGCGAUCUUGCCCUCAAUGUUGACUAUAUUAACCAGAAGUUGGAUUCAGCAGCAGUCAUUGUAAAAGAAGGAUCAAUUGGCUCCCUAUUGGUUAAAAUCCCUUGGAAGGGUAAAAGUUGUCAGAUAGAUUUGGAUGAACUUGAGCUCGUUCUUGCUCCCUGUGUAGAGAACAAUUUACAAGCUGGAGUUAAAACUUCUACGGGAACAUCUACUUCCAGUCAAGAUGUUAAACAACAUACCAGUCAUGGCUUGCAAAAGCUUGAGCAUGAAGUUGCUAACAAGGUUUCAGCAUCUCCAUCUGUGGAUGUCCAUGAAGGAGUUAAAACAAUUGCAAAAAUGGUAAAAUGGUUGCUUACAAGCUUUCAUAUAAAAGUAAAAAAACUGAUUGUUGCAUUUGAGCCUUGUCUAAAUAAAGAUGAAAGCAAAUCGGAAUAUCAAAAAACUUUGGUUCUUCGAAUUACGGAAACGGAAUGUGGGACUUAUGUUUCUGAAGAUGCUAAUGUAAGUUCUGGUGUAGAAUCUGAUAGCUUUCUUGGGAUGACUAGGCUAACAAAUUUCGUAAAGUUUCAUGGAGCCUUCAUUGAGCUUCUUCAAACAGAUGAUGUUGAUAAUCAGACACAGUCUCCAUGUGCUUGUGGAAAGACCUUUGGUCAAUGGUAUCUAGGAAACUGUUCAUCAAACUCUCCAAUUCCAGUUUUGACAGGGGGAAGCGGUGGAUUUGCAGGGAGCCUGAAACUAAGUAUACCUUGGAAAAAUGGUUCUUUGGAUAUCCGUAAAGUGGAUGCUGAUGUUUCUAUUGAUUCCUUGGAAUUAAUAUUUCAGCCCAGCACCAUUAGAUGGUUCAUUUGCUUAUGGGAAUCUCUCAAGAAUAUAGACAAGGAUGCAAGAAUUCAUAUGCAGCACAAGGCCACAGGCUUAGCUUAUCCUAGUUCAGCAUCUCUCUACCAAUCAUCCACUCCAUGUGCUUCUAUGAUUACUUCAGAUAUAGUGACACCAAAAAGUGAAAGCUCCUCAUCAGGUUUCUAUUCACUAGUUAGUCAAGAAACAGGAACAGAUGCUUUGCUACCAGGGUCACAUCUUAUACCAGAUUGGGUUCCAUUGUCCUUCAACAAAAAUGCAAAUGACAGAGAUGAAGUAGAACACAACUUUGGGGCAAGUGUGGAUCACUUCUUUGAAUGCUUUGAUGGAAUGAGGUCUUCCCAAUCAGCUUUAGGCAACAGUGGGAUAUGGAACUGGACUUGUUCUGUUUUCAGUGCAAUAACUGCUGCAUCUAGCCUUGCUUCUGGGUCAUUGCAUAUCCCUUCUGAACAGCAGCAUGUUGAAACAAAUCUCAAGGCAACUAUUGCAGGGGUUUCUGUUGUGCUUUCUUUGCAUGAUGAAUACCAGAAACAUUCAUGUAAUUUGAUGUCUGAUGAUGCAACUUUUGUUGAAAAUAUACACUAUCUGAAUAUGAAGUGUCUAGACCUACUCCUUGUUUUGCAGAUAUGUCCUCGAAAAAAAAAGUUUGAAGCAAUUGUGAUGCAUAUUGAGCUUGAUGAUUACUUUAGCAGUGGAAAUGCUCUGACUUCUGGCUUGUUGGGUUAUGAGAGUGGUAUUUGCAAGCAGAUUCUUCCAAUCCAACAUCUUCAGGCAGAAGUUCAGCAUGCUCUCCCAUCAUUUCCUUUGCUUUUCCAGGAUUCUGAUCCAAAAAAGACAACAAGUGGGUUGAAUACCCUGGAUUUUCCUUCAAGUAGACAAGGAAUCAAUUUUAGGACUAUUUGCAAGGAGGAUUUAGUCAAGGUUAAAUUUCUGAAAACAUCAAGUGUCAGUCAUUGUCAAUUUACCUUGAAUUUGACUUGCUCAGAUGACAAUUUAUCGGGCUCAACAUCAUUUUCUUUGAAUCUGCCACCAUUCAUUUUUUGGGUGAACUUUCAUUUGUUAAACAUGUUGCUGGAUCUUUUAAAGCAAGUCACAUCUUCAUUUGAAAUAAUAAAUAAUGCAAACAAGUGUUUUGAAGCUGAUGCUUUGAAUAGGAAGCAUGACUUGUCAAGUCAUGGGAAUGUGAAAAGACAGACAUAUCCUUAUGUUACAACAUUGUCUCCUAAAAGAAGUCUGCAAGGGAAUAUAUUCCUCCCUAAUGCAAGGGUGAUUUUAUGCUUCCCUUUUGAGAAGAAUGGAGAUAAUGGACGCUAUGCUUCCUGGGAUCAGUUUAUUGCUCUUGAUUUUUCCUCUCCAUUGAACAAUGAAAAAGUUCCUGAUGCAAGUUCUCAGAGUGGAUAUUCUUCUGUGGCUUCUGGUUCCCUCCACUUGAAUGUUGGAAACCUUAAGAUUUACUUGAUCACCUCUUCUUGUAAAGAUGGUCUUAGAAGUAACUGUUAUACCAACCACAUAAAGACUUUUUCUUCUCAGAAGAUCCUCUCUGUCAACAGCAGAAUUGGAUGCCUCUCCUGCAUUAGUAUGCUUUGGCAGGAGGGUCCUGUGACUGGCCCUUGGAUAGCAAAGCAAGCUAAGUCCUUGGCUACUUCACAAGAUCUAAAGAGAAGUAGAAACAAAGCAACAGGUUAUGAGUUUGCAUCUGUAACAACUGUGAAAGAUCUGGAGGAUAUAAAUUCUCGUACUCAUCAGGAGAUGAUUUUAAGCUCUGCAUCAUUCCUUCAUAUUCGUCUCUUUCCUGUUUCAAUCAAUCUAGACAGUUCUCAAUAUAAAGGCAUGCAUCAUCUGAUAAACCAGAUUCUGGAUGGGUUAUCAUAUGCGCCAUGUGAGACAAGUGUAGCUCCAGGUUACAAGGAUGACAAGAUAGAAGACGUCAAGUCUCAAACAUCUUUGCUUGUGGAAUGCAAUUCUGUAGAAAUUUUAAUUAACCUGGAUAAGGUGGAGGAAGUGAAAUGCUCAAUACAGAAAGAACUUCCUGGUUCGUGGCAUAGCAUAAAACUGAAGGUACAGAGAUUUGAGUUGCUUUCUGUCUCAAAUAUUGGGGGAAUUAGUGGUGCCAACUUUUUUUGGUUGGGCCAUGGUGAAGGUGAGUUGUGGGGCUCCAUAACUGGGUUUCCAACCCGUGAGCUUCUCUUGAUCUCUUGUAGCAACUCUACAAUGCAGCGUGGUGAUGGAGAAGGUGCCAAUGCAUUGUCUUCUGGUUCUGCUGGAACUAUAAUUGCUCGCCUUUGGGACCCACAGACUUUUCAAGGUUUCACAUCCAUAACUGUAAGAUGCUGCACAUUGGUAGCUCCAGGAGGCCGCUUGGAUUGGUUAAAUGCAAUAUGCUACUUCUUCAGUUUACCUUCUCAAGAGAAUGAACAAGGGAAGGGCUCUUCUGAGAAUGGCUCAUCUUGUGGAUCAUUGCUCCUUCUUAACUUUGUGGACAUUGCUUUGAGUUAUGAACCCUACAUGAAAAAUCUGGUGGCCAGUAGUGAAACUAUGGAAUCUGGGUUCAAUGAUUCUGCCAAACUUAUGCAGGAUUCGGGGGAAAAAUAUGUGGCUUGUUUGCUAGCUGCAGCUUCAAUUAAUCUGUCCAAUCAAACCUUCGCAAAUUGUAUGGAAAAUGACUACAAGAUUAGGGUGCAGGAUCUAGGUCUCCUUCUUCGUGCACUCUCUGGGCUUGAAGAUGCUAGUAGCAGUUACACUGUGGAGUAUCUUCGCCACGUGGGCUAUGUCAAAGUGGCUAGUGAGGCACUUGUUGAAGCGGUUUUAAGGACAAAUUGUAAGAAUGGCCACCUCUGGGAAGUAGAAUGUUCUGAAUUCUGCAUUAACCUGAGUACUUGCCAUGACACCACUUCUGGUGUUAUUUGUUUGGUAGCUCAACUGCAGCAGCUUUUUGCACCUGAUGUGGAGGAAUCAAUAGUGCAUUUGCAGACUAGGUGGAAUACUGUUCAGCAGGCACAUGAUGGGCAUUGCAUUGUUAGUAAUACUGCUGCCUUGUCUCUGCAUGCACAGUCAUCAAGUCUAGAUUCUAAAUGUAGAUCUGGGACAGUUGGCCUGAUGGAUGACAUAUGUGAGAAUGCUUUUAAUGUGAAUGAAAAUCCUAGAGGCACAUCUUGGUCCUCUGAAUCACAGUUGAAUGGUUUCCUUGAUGGUUGUCUUUUUGGAGAGGGAUGUAAUAUGGAGAUCAGUGCCCCUGAAAGUUUCUCUYGUAAUUUCUCCUUCAAUGGGUCAAUGUCUGGAACUAGGGUAGAAAGUACUCAGACAUCAUCUCCACAGAAAGAUUGUUUUCCAGAAUUUAUAGAAGGCUAUUGUUUAUCUGAAUUUUGCCCUUCAUCUGAAUUAUCUACAACCAACCAGCCACUGCAUGAUGAUCUUAAAUGUGAACCCUGGAAUGGAGGCCAUGGAUAUGUUGGAAGUGGGAGUGGUGGUUGGUAUCAAGACACCUCACUGAGAAUUGUUGAAGACCAUAUUUCGCAAGGAAGUGAGCAGCCUGGAGAGAAGCAAGUCCCAGGAGAACACAAGCAUUCUUCUAUUCACAAUACAGGUUCUGAUAGUUUUUGCAAGGCAAUAGGACAAGUACUUCUUAAGAACAUUGAGGUAAGGUGGCAUAUGUAUGCUGGAUCUGAUUGGAAUGACCAAGAUAACAACAAUAUUCAGCGUAUUGCUAACAAAUGUGGAAGGGACGCAACUAUAUAUCUAGAGCUUGCAUUAUCUGGCAUGAGCCUUCAGUAUGACAUCUUUCCGGAUGGUGAAAUAUGUGUCUCAAAACUCUCACUCUCAGUCAAGGAUUUAUAUCUUUAUGAUCGGAGCAGGGAUGCACCUUGGAAGCUGGUGUUGGGAUAUUACCAUUCAAGAGAUCAUCCUAGAGAAUCCUCGGCAAAAGCAUUCAAGUUGGAACUGGAAUCUGUGAGGCCAGAUCCUUUAACCCCUCUUGAGGAGUACAGGUUACGUCUUGCAUUCCUUCCUAUACUAUUGCAUCUUCAUCAAGGCCAACUUGAUUUUCUUGUUAGCUUCUUUGGAGGGAAAGAAUCAAAAGUUGACCAGUCAUUGAGUUCUCAUGAUUUGGAUGGGUCAAGUAUGGUGCCUGUUGGUAACUUUGGAGAGCAUACAAUUGCAGAGGAGGCAUUGCUCCCUUAUUUCCAGAAAUUUGACAUAUGUCCUGUUCUCAUUCGGGUGGAUUACAGUCCUUGUCGUGUUGAUCUUGCAGCACUACGAGGAGGGAAAUAUGUAGAACUUGUUAAUCUUGUGCCUUGGAAGGGAAUUGAGUUACAGCUCAAACAUGUACAUGCUGUUGGUGUCUAUGGUUGGAGCAGUGUCUGUGAAACAAUAGCCGGGGCAUGGUUAGAAGAUAUUUCUCAAACUCAGGUUCACAAAUUGUUGAAAGGCCUUCCUACCGUACGAUCAUUGUUUGCUGUUGGUUCUGGUGCUGCUAAGCUGGUUUCUUUACCAGUCAAGAAUUAUAGGAAGGAUCACAGACUGCUCAAGGGGGUGCAAAGAGGUGCAAUUGCAUUUCUUAGGAGUAUUUCACUUGAAGCAGUUGGAUUGGGGGUACAUUUGGCAGCUGGAGCUCAUGACAUUCUACUUCAAACAGAAUAUAUUCUUGCAAGCAUUCCACCUUCUCCACCAUGGUCCAUUAGAAGCAGAGCAAGGACAAAUGUUAGGUCAAAUCAACCCAAGGAUGCCCAACAAGGAAUCCGGCAGGCUUACGAGUGCCUCAGUGAUGGCCUGGAGAAGACAGCUUCAGCUCUUGUUGGAACUCCCAUGAAGACGUACCAGCGUGGUGCUGGUGCUGCAUCUGCUUUGGCCACUGCUGUAUGUGCUGCCCCUGCAGCUGCAAUAGCUCCUGCCUCUGCUGCUGCUCGUGCUGUCCAUUGUGCACUCCUUGGAGUCAGAAACAGCCUUGAUCCUGAACAUAAGAAAGAAUCAAUGGAGAAAUACUUGGGUCCCAGUCAACCUCAAGAUCAUAGUUAAUGGUGUUCUUGCUGCUUUUACCUGACUUAAUAUUGUACUUGAAAGAGGCUUUGUAUUGAUACAGGUGACUGGAACAAUAUACAGAUUACUGAAGCGUCAUGGUGGCUAGUACCAACACCUUUGUACCAUGUAUAUAUUCAAUUGAACAGAUUUUUCCCUUGAUUCAAUAGAUGUUAUAUUUGUACAGUGUAAAUAGUAAAUGUGUUAUAUGGUUUGAUCCCGUGCUGGCGAGCCUUCUUGUAAUUGUGAUGAUAGGCUUAGAUCAGUCAAAUGUGUAUGUAAUAUUUUACUAAAUUAUAUUCUUUGAAAGCAAGCUUUCAUUUGUUGAA